CGCUGACUACGACUCGUUAAAUUUUCAAUAGUGAUUCAAUCAUCAAAGCCACAAACCCUUGCACAAACUCGCUGUUUUACAACACUUCAUUCGAAAAAUGAACACUUCAUUGAAUAUAACCGAAGUGGGAGUGGCGUGUACUGGGUCGACAUCAAUGAGUGGAUGCGGCGAGGAUACUGCCAGUGAAGGCCGCUCCUUCGAACAGUACAUAGACUUGCUGUGGACCAUUGUCUGCAUCUUGGCCUUGUCGAAGCUGACACAGUUUUCGGAAUGGUAUUUCAACCAACGUUUAUGUAAUCGAAAGAACUACUACGACAUCUGCUCCAUGAACCGCGAAUGGGAGAACACACUUCAGCAGCACGAGGACGACAAGCGGCAGCUGUUUGAAGAGGUGAGGAUGCUCACCAAGAAGAACCUCCACCUGGAGCAAAUGAUAAAGGAUUUGCGCGAUUGCAAUAUCCACUUGAUCACCGAGAACUUUAUGCGCACUGUGCUACAGGACCAGAAGCAACAGUCCGCCCAGCCGAAUAUCUACAUCACCAACAGCUACUUUCACCUCACUCGCCAAGUGUUCAUCAACGAUUCAUUUGUAGACUUUAACGUUCGCAGUGCCGGUGGCAAGGAUAUCUGCCCCAUAGAAGUCAACGAGGAGGGACUGAAUAUCUGGAUGCAGUAUCUGAAGAUGCGCAAGUACUACAUGGGCCCCAUCGCCGAUCCGAAUUUAAUAGCUCCCAGCAGCCCCGAGCCCCUCGUUAUGACCACUGAGCAGUUGGCCAAGUUGCAGGGCAUUAUUUAG